AUGGCAACUACCACCAUCACCAAGACCAACACUGAGGAGCUCCCCCUUCGGUUGACCGUUGCCUAUGAUGAAAAGCUCCACGAAAAGUACAAAUACACAGAAUACCUUCCGGUCUAUGACGAAGUGACCAAAUUCCCGCCACUCAAGCCGUUCGAGUUCAAUGACCGUGGCCUGGUAGCCAACAAAGAUAAGCCAAACCUCUUCUCGAAGGACAACCCCAACCUCAAGGUGACCAAGCUCACACCUCUGAUUGGCACUGAGAUCAGGGGUUUGCAGCUGUCGCAACUCAAUGAUCUGCAAAAGGAUGAGCUUGCCUUGCUGAUUGCCGAGAGGGGUGUUGUCGUCUUCCGCGAGCAGGAUUUUAAGGAUAUCGGCAUUGAGAAGCAGAAGGAGUUUGGACGGUACUUUGGCCCACUACACAUCCAUCCCGUCGGUGCCCACGUCAAAGACCACCUCGAGCUCCAUAACAUUUAUCUCGGCCCCGACAACGAGUACCGCAGCAAACGGCGCAGCAACCGGCUGACCUCAACCGGUUACCACUCCGAUGUCUCCUAUGAGCGUCAGCCGCCCGGAAUCACCAUCCUGACGCUGCUUUCCGUCCCACCCACGGGUGGCGACACAGCCUGGGUGUCGCAGACAGCAGCCUACCAGCGGUUGUCAUCCCCGAUCCGUGCGCUGCUCGAGGGCCUGCGGGCUGAGCAUAGCGGGUUCCCGCAGGCUGAGCAAGCCAGGCGCGAUGGCAAGUUUGUACGUCGUGAGCCUGUGGCAACUUUACAUCCCAUUGUUCGGGUUCACCCUGCGACGGGACAGAAGGCGCUGUUUGUGAACCCGGGGUUUACGAAGCGGAUUGAGGGGCUCAAAGAUGAGGAGAGUGAUGCACUGCUGAGGUUGUUGUUUGAUCAUAUCACUAAGGGACAGGACUUUCAGGUUAGGGUAAAGUGGGAGGAGGGCACAGUGGUGCUGUGGGAUAAUAGGGUGACGGCACACACGGCAAUUAGUGACUAUGAUGUGCAUAACCCUCAGGAAGGGCUGAGACAUGGGUUCCGAAUCACGACGCUGGCAGAAAGGCCCAGGGGUGUGAAUGGGUUGGAGAGUAUCUGGGAGUGA